AUGUCGGUUCGCUGCGAGCCGCUCGCGUACCGCUCGCAGCAGGUUUGCGAACCACGAGAACUAUGGAUGAACGGAGUUGACUUCUACGAAGAAAUCGAACAUGGUUUUAAAAAUUACACUGGUUACGGAACGGAAUGGAUUUUCUUUCCGGACGGUGCUGGUAUACCUCACUUCGUUAAUUUGACUAUGCCUUCAUCGAUACAGCUGCGGAGUAGGCAAAACAAGGAAAUAGAAUACAGAUUAUACACCAGAGAAAUAUCCGACUACAUAAUUUUAGAUCAGUCAGCACAACCACCCAACGGCAUUGACAUACGAGAACUGUUGUCCAACAAACCAGUCAAAUUGGUAACACACGGCUGGAAGUCUUCGGCGGACGACAGCGUGGUGAUGGGCAUCAAAGAAUCCUACUUGAAAAAUAAAGAUGUUGCUGUUAUAGGCAUUGACUGGAGCGACACGGCGAAGGACUAUCUUUAUCCUUUGGUUGCGGAAUACACAGGGGGCGUGGGGGCGUCUGUUGGGCAGUUUCUGAAUACUUUUUGCCAUCUUUACAAUGUGUCUGGCGGGAGGAUGCAUUUGAUCGGGCAUAGCCUUGGAGCACACGUUAUGGGGAUUGCUGCGUCAAAAACUAAUGUGACGAUAGCAAGAAUCACCGGUAAAUAUACAAUUAUACAUUUAGACAAAUCCCUUAGCUUAUUCCGUGGAGAAAGGGCCUCAAUCCUAAAUAUACCUUCCAGUUAUAUUUCCAUGGAGCUAAUAGUUACUUGGUCUUUUAACGGCCUUCUAAAUUUCGAAGAAGGAGGCCUCGACCCGGCACGACCUUUGUUUGAGUUCCCGAAGAAGCCAAAUGCGUUGUCCCUGGACGCAUCAGACGCAGAAUUUGUGGAUGUGAUUCACUCGUGCAGCGGUGUUCUUGGCGUCCAAAAUCCUAUAGGCAAUGUCGAUUAUUACCCUAAUAGUGGCACACCACCUCAGCCUGGUUGGGACCACGGGUAA